AUGGGUAUAACGGGUCUGCUGCCCUUGUUAAAGCCAGCUUCGCGAGAUGCUAAUAUAACAGAGUUCAAUGGUUGUACGGCUGCUGUUGACACCUAUUGUUGGAUAUACCGAGGAUGUUUUGGAUGUGCAGAUAAAAUCGCUCAAGGAACACCCUGCUCAAGCUAUGUACGUUAUGUGACAAAAUAUGCCACGUUAUUACUCCAGUCUGGUAUUAAGCCAAUUAUGGUAUUCGAUGGUUCUCCGUUACCUUCAAAGAGAAAUACAGAAAUAAAACGACGAGCUUUAAGACAAAUGGGCGUGGAUUGCCUUGUUGCGCCUUACGAAGCCGAUGCACAGUUGGCAUAUUUAAAUUCAUCGGGCAUUGCUGAUUUAGUUAUUACAGAAGAUUCAGAUCUUAUUUUAUAUAAAUUAGAUUUAAAUGGUACAGGAACAUUGAUUGAAAAAACAAAAUUAAGUCUUGUGACAGAAUUUGAUGAUGAUAUAAAUACCUUUGAACGUUUUCGGUGGAUGUGCAUAUUAUCGGGUUGUGAUUAUUUAGAGAGCUUACCAAAUAUUGGUUUAGCCAAAGCAAAAAAAUUACUUCGAAUGACUAAACGAAAAGAAAUCGAUGUGAUUCUCAAGCAGAUGCCAAUUAAUUUGAAAAUGACUAAUUUAAAAGUUAGUGAAAAUUAUAUUGAAGCGUUUAAACGAGCUGAUCUAACAUUUCAAUUUCAAGUUGUAUUUGAUCCAUUGAUACGACAAUUGACUUCAUUGAAUCCGUUACCGGAUGAUAUUGACAAAACUGAAUUAGAAUUUGCCGGGCAUUAUUAUGAUAAUGAAAUAGCUUUUCAGCAAGCAAUUGGUAAUUUAAAUACAAAAACAAAACAACGUAUUGAUGAUUUUGAUCCAAAACAGUGGAAGGAUUAUCAUCCACCAAAAACAUCAUCAUCGUCAGUUUUUAUUCCUUCUCAUAUGAAAUCAAUCUGGAAAAUUGGAUAUAAAUGUCGCUCAAAACCAUUUUCUAUUGAAAGUCAAUUAUCCUUGAAAGAGUCAAUAUCGCAUUCACAAUUAUCGGCAUCAUUUUUUUUGACAAGUGUCACUCAUAAACGCAAGAAAAUACAUAGUGAAGCACCAUCAAAAAUAUCACCAGCUAUGGCAUUAAUUGAAUCUACAAGUUCAAUAUUGCAGUCGUAUAUAACAGAUGAGAAGAAUGAAAUAAAUAACAGUAAUCAUACACCAAUAACAAGUCCUGUUGGAAAACAUGUAUCAAAAUCACCAUUUGCCAUUCCAUUUGUCUCUCCUAAACUUGAAUAUCAUACAAAAAUGAUAACAGAUAUUCAAGUAGUUGAAAAGCAAAAUGGUUUUGAUAUAUACGAUCAUGAUACGAAAAGUCGAUUUUUUCCAAAUAAACAAAUAACAGAAACCAACAACAGUGUAUUUGAUUUAAUAGAAAAUGAUAGUAAUAUUUUUGUGCCUGAUUCUGAAGAUGAUAAUGAAGUACGGCCGACGAAUAGAAAGCGUUUAAAACGAGUCGAUUUAAAUGUUGAACAAUCAACAUUAUCAAUCUUCUCAUCUCUAGACACUAAUUGGUCGAAUGAAAAUUCGGAUGUAACAAUUGAAACAGAUUUACAAGUAGAAAGAGAUGUUUUGGAAAAGAAGUCAUCGACUUUAUAUAAAUUUAAAUCACGUAAAUCAAAAAACAUCGUUGAACAAAUUCAAUCUGAAGAAAGAAAUGAUAAAUCAAGCAAUUGUAAUGUUACAUCAAAUGAAGCUCUUGAUCCUUCAAUUUCAAUAGAAAAAUCUCCUCGUAUGAUAUUAAGUUAUUUUAAAACACAAUAUGAAAAACAACGUUCUCCUCGCAUGGUUCGUCCAGUUUAA